UGUAACCUCAAUAUUUAUAUAGCCAAAGCUGUGUAUCAUAACCUAUCGUAUUAUUUCUUCUUACUCGUAAAUAGACGCCCUAAUAACACGUAUUUCAUGAGUCUUUUGAAUUUUUCUGAAAUUUUGUGAAAAAGUAUUGGAUAAAUAUCUAAAAUGGAUGAACUGGGUGAACCUAUGGACGUGGAAAUGAUCCCAGUUACCGAUGAUGCCAAAAAUGUUGAUUCUGAGCAAACCGAUGUAAAAACUUUUAAUUCAAACAACGUGCAACAACCAGAAAUACAGUUAGAUAGCCGUUAUGAGAAUCGUGGUGGUACUUUCAUGACAGGCAUAGAUAUAUUUAGUAAGGAAGAAAAAUUGAAAAUGGAAGAAAGAGCCAAACGUUUUGGAUUAACUGACAAGAUAAAGAAUAAUUUAUCAAAUCCAGAACAAGAUUUGUAUUCUAGUAUGGGCAUUGUAGAAGAUAGUGAAAAUACAAAAAAUAUCAGACUAAAUGUAAUACACAUGAGAGGCACAGAAGAAAUGAGUACCAAAGAUGUCUUUAAAUAUUUUGAAGAUUAUGCUCCAGCCUCCAUUGAAUGGAUCAAUGAUGUUUCAUGUAACGUGGUAUGGUUAGAUAAUUUAUCAGCAGCUAGAGCUAUAUUGGGAUUAUCAAAAAGGAUUAUUGGUUUGGAAAAGCAACAAACUACAAAAUCACUUGAUGGUAAUCCUGAUGAAGAAAACAAUGUAACUAAUGAUGAUUCUAUCAUUGAAAUGGACGAAGAUAAUGAGAUCACAAACACUACAAAGGAGACAAGAGAAGAUUAUAUAAGUAUCAAGGAUAUUAAUUGCCCAUUACCUCCUGGCUUGUGGAGGAAAGGGAUAGAUUAUCCUAAAUCUAAAGCAAUACUCCUUAGAUUUGCUACCAGAGCUGAUAAAAAACAACCUAAUGCAGAGAAAAUGAGUGAAUAUUAUAAAAAAUAUGGAAACCCCAAUUUUGGAGGUAUUAAAGGAAUUUUAACUGAGUCUCGAAAACGGAUGUACAAACAAAUUAGACAAAAUAAAAGAAAAUUCAAAGAAGAGCCGCAAGAAGAUGUUGAAGAUAGAAGGCGUGUGAAGAACCCCUGGGGUGCAUUGUCUGAAAGUUGGGGACUCAAUGAUGCUAUAGAAAGUGAGUUUGGCACCAGAAAUGAACCUAAAGAUCAAGGGCGUAGUGUAAAGGAAAGAUUAGGGGUAAAAUAUCCUCCAAAGGAAACUACACACGCUGAAGAACAACAAAGUAAUUCGAGCAGUGAUAGUGAAGAUGAAUGGUGUAAAAGAAGUAAAGUGUUGCGAAUGCGAAUGCAUGCGGACGAUGAAGAAGAGAAGAUACACAAACGACGUGCGAAACUUCGACAAACUAUGUUAAAUAACUUAACUAGAGGCAAUGAUUUGCGAUCGAGGCUUAGCGCUCCGAGGAAAGGAACGCAAUUUCGUGAUGCAAUUCAAGUAGUUGUAACAAAUACAACUGCAACAAAGUCGAAUUCUUUAAAGCUUAAUGACUCAGAGGAGGAAGACGGUGAAAUUAUUGAAGAUAAUGAGAGCCAGGAAAAGGAAGAGGGCGAAUGGCAAGGGUCUGAUGAAAAAGAACAGGAAGAAGAAGACGAGGACGAAGACUAUAGUGAUGAGGAUAGUGACAAACCUGCAAAAGAAGUUCAAGGACCUAAGGGCAGUGUAAUAAAAGUAGUUCAACAUAAACCUCGUGUUGCUUCUACAGUAUGGGCGAGACUGAACAAUGUAAAAAGUGAAAUUGUUGAUAACUCCAUUAAAGACAGGCAACCAAGAAUACGAGAUCUAAGAAAUACAUUAAAAGGCGAUCUUCGGUCUCGAAUCAGAAAUCAUACAAGAGGUCGCUCUCCUUUAAGGAUAGAAGUGAAAAAUGACAAAUAUACCGAAGGAAGUGAAACAGAAUAAUUGUCGAUUAGUCGAACGAAUUGUGGCAAAAAUGUGAAAUAUGGUUGUGGUGUUGUUUCAGUGGAAGAGUAUGAUAUGGUGCAAACUUCAUAACUGAUGUAUAAAAGUAUAGAAAAUGCACUCAUUACACCGAAUCUAUUACAACUUCAUUUAACUCAUACGUUCUUGUUUAAAUUAAUGAUGCCCUAAAAUUACACAAAGUCAUAUUUUAAUCGUGAAUAUAUUUAUUUAUGCUAAUAAGAUAUAUGCGGAAAAAAUCUUUUUGAUAUACAAUUGAAUAAUGGAACAUGAAAUUUGAAACAAUGUAUAUUUUUAGCCUUAAUUGAUUAUGUAUCUUGCACUACCAGAAUAGACCAAGUUUCUGUGCGUGUAAGAAUUUAAAAUUUUAUGUUUAAGUACAAAUAUUCUAAGAGAAUAUAUAUUGUAUAGAUAUUUCUGGGUAUAAAAUCUCCCCAUAUUUUUUAUUCAUAUUACACAAUUAUAAGUAUGGAUCGUACAUUAAUCUUUUAAUACGACUAAUGUUAACAUUUUGCACAUAUUGAUAAUCAAGUAUCAUCUUCCUAUUUUUAAAAUGCGAUAAAAUAUAAAUUAGCGGGUAAUGGGUGCUUCCUGGAGUGUAUAUAAAUAUUAUCUAGGAUAUAGAUAAUAAUAAAAAAGUUUUUCGAUUAACACAUUGCGUACUGAGAAAGAUAGGACAUAUUUUUAAAUAUUCGUUUGUACAAUUAACACUUUUGCUGAGAAUCGUGCAUUUUAUAAUUGCAAUUGAAAAAAAAAGAUAUUUUCGGAUACCUCAUAAUUAACAGAGAAAUAAAUUUAUACCUUAUCGUACAAAAAGAAAUUCUGCAAACGAAUAUUUAAUUAAUUGCACAUCGAAACGAUAUAUAGUGGUUUUAUAAUCUGUUUUGUCUUCGGUGAUUACAUCAGCUAAAAAAGCCAAUGAAAAGUGAGGAAAAAUACUCGAACGGUUGUAAAUAAAAAUAAAAUUGUACGAGACUAAUACUAAUACCUUGUACCGAGACUAUACGUGCUAAGCAUUUAAAAUAUAUUUUCCUUACGUACGUAAUAACUAAUAAAAUGUUUCGAAAGCUGUGAUUUCUUAGACGUGAACAUUAAAUGAAAAAGAGAUGCAAUUUUAUAAUGCCAGUUAACCAGCCCUCUUUGAUUUCAAUUAUAGAAUGAAAUUUUUGUUGCGUAAUAAUUAAUGACCAUUGUGUAAUUUUUGCACAUAUCCAACAAAAUGUAAAAAAUAUGACAAAUGGACAAAAUUAUAUGAAUAUUCUGUAUCUUCGAGUUUAGAAGAAAUAGGGAUAAGAAUAAUUAUGACAUCGAUUCCGAAUAAUUGACCAAUAAAGCCGCUUUUAUAUUAGCACGAUAA